AUGUCGAGUAACAAACAGUAUCAAGAAGAUAUGAUGUUUAUCACGCAAUUUACGCGUAACAUUCUAAGUGUACUCGGAGUCUGGCCGUCGUCCAGCAAAGAAAGAACUUUAAUUAAACGAAUUCAUAAAUAUCUAUUAAUUUUUAUAUCAAACAUCCUUCUUUAUGCCGUUUUAUUACCCGGUUUUCUCUUCUGGCUUUUCGAAAAGAGAACGCAUGUCAAAAUUCAGGUAUUACCUCUACUUAUCUUCGGCUACAUGGCUAUAAGUAAAUAUGGUUAUUUAGUAUUCUACCAAAGACAAAUCAAACGCUGUUUAAAGCACAUUGAAGAAGAUUGGAGAAAUGCCAAUGUGAGUUCACGAAACAUGAUGAUCGACUCCGCGAAAACCGGAAGACGCCUAGUUGCACUUUGUGGAGCUUUUAUGUACAGUAGCGGAUUAUCUUUUCGAUUAAUUUUACCAUUUGCUAAGGGAAAAAUAGUUAACGCGCAAAAUGUCACGAUUAGACCUUUGCCAUGUCCAGGUUAUUAUUUUUUCUUAAAUACACAAGCCAGUCCUACUUACGAAGUGGUUUUUGCGGUGCAGUUCUUAUCGGGUUUAGUUACCUUUUCUAUUACGACGGGCGUAUGUGGUCUCGCUGCCAUAUGCGUAAUGCACGCUUGUGGCCAAUUGAAAAUUCUGAUAAACUUAAUGAAACAUCUUGUUGAAGAGCAGAGGCAAGAAAAACAUGAAGUGGAUAAGAAGUUAGCCGCAAUAGUCGAACAUCAAAUGAGAAUACGAAAUUUUUUGCAAUUAGUGGAAAAUACAAUGCAACAGAUGUGUUUAAUAGAAUUAACGGGAUGUACAACAAUCGUAUGCAUUCUUGGAUAUUGCAUAAUAGUGGAAUGGGAGAAAAGUAAUACAAUAGCUACAUGUUCUUACUUUAUGUCGGUUACGUCUAUGAUGAUAAAUAUGUUUCUGUUUUGUUACACCGGUGAACAGCUUACCGCUCAAGCAGAAAAGGUAGCUAUUAAAUCGUGUGACCUCGAAUGGUAUCGCCUUCCGAACAAAAAAGCACGUGGAAUCGUGCUGGUGAUGAUCAUUUCUAAUUUGCCUACCAAGAUCACCGCUGGAAAACUCAUGGAUCUAUCAUUCAAAACAUAUGGUGAUGUUGUAAAAACAGCUGUGACAUAUUUCAAUAUGCUUCGAAAUUUCGUUGAAUAA